CACUCACUCACCCAUCCCCUCAAGCUCGGCACCACCAUGGCUCCCGAACCCCUACUACCUCUCCCUUUCCUCUUCGUCCCUCUCUUUCCUUCACUCACAAAACCCUAACCCUAACCUAACCCUAAUUCCUCCGAAAAGAACCUCUCCAAUCUCCUGCCGCUCCUCCAACCACGACCGUCGCCGUGCCCGAGGGCACCGGCGCCGCCGCCCCCACUCGCGGCGAUCUCUUCCUCGAUCGCCACAACUCGAAAUCCGCCGCUAAGUCGUACUCAAGAGAGAAGGAGGAAGAAGAAGAGGAGGCUAGGAGCCAUGGCCUCUACUUCUGUAGCUUGCUGCUACGGCUGCGGUGCGCCGCUUCAGACGGUGGAAUUGGAUGCACCAGGUUAUGUCGACCUUGAGACUUACGAGCUGAAGAAGAGGCAUCACCAAUUGAAAACUGUCCUUUGUCGAAGGUGCAAAUUGUUGUCACAUGGCCGAAUGAUAACUGCUGUUGGUGGACAUGGUGGUUACUCUGGUGGUAUGCAGUUCAUAUCAGCAGAAGAGCUUCGUGAAAAGCUUUCUCACCUGAGGCAUGAGAAAGUGCUGAUAGUUAAGCUCGUUGAUAUCGUUGACUUCAAUGGCAGCUUUUUGGCACGAGUACGUGAUCUUGCUGGUUCUAAUCCGAUUAUAUUGGUUGUAACUAAGGUUGAUCUCCUCCCCAAAAGUACAGAUCUGAAUUGUGUAGGUGAUUGGGUGGUGGAGGCUACUAUGAAGAAGAAGCUCAAUGUUAUCAGUGUCCACCUUACUAGUUCAAAAUCUUUGGUCGGUAUUGUUGGGGUCAUCUCAGAAAUACAAAAGGAGAAAAAGGGACGGGAUGUGUAUAUACUGGGGGCAGCAAAUGUUGGAAAAUCUGCAUUCAUCAAUGCACUGCUUAAGAUGAUGGCUAGCAAAGAUCCUGUGGCUGCUGCUGCUCAGAAGUACAAACCAAUACAGUCUGCUGUUCCAGGAACAACACUUGGUCCUAUUCAAAUUGAAGCUUUUCAAGGAGGAGGAAAAUUGUUUGACACACCAGGAGUGCACCUUCAUCACAGACAGGCAGCAGUUGUUCACUCUGAAGAUCUUCCUAUUCUUGCACCUCAAAGCCGUCUCAGAGGGCAAUCAUUCCCUGCAGUUUCAGCUAAGAAUACAGUGGAUAGUCCACAUGCCAUUGGUUUGAAUGGGUUCUCGAUUUUCUGGGGUGGCCUUGUCCGGAUUGAUCUCCUACAGGUUCCUCCACGUACACGUUUGACCUUUUAUGGACCUCGUAAGUUAAAGAUCUCCACAGUUCAGACUGUUGAAGCUGACAAGUUUUAUCAGAAAGAGGUUGGAGCCACAUUGACGCCGCCCACUAGUAGACAAAGAGAAAGCUGGCUAGGACUCCUAGCAGUACGCAAGUUGCAGAUAAAUUAUGAAUAUGAAAAGAGGCCAGCUUGUGACAUCGCAAUAUCUGGGCUGGGUUGGAUAGCUAUCGAGCCUUUUGGCCUUGAGACCUUGGAUGGAAGUAAUCCUGAAUGUAUAGGGGAGCUGCAGUUGGCAGUGCAUGUGCCAAAGCCAGUUGAGAUCUUUGUCCGGCCUCCACUACCUGUUGGUAAAGCAGGUUUAGAGUGGUACCAAUAUCAAGAAUUGACCGAGGAGGAGGAAGAAUUGAGACCUAAAUGGUAUCACUAGUGCUUGUUUUAGCUCUACACUUGAAUGUACAUCCAAUUUUGUUAUGAUUAUUUACUGUUCAGUAGCAUCUAUUAUAUACUCAAAAAGACCUUUUACGGAAAGUUCGCCAUUGUGAUUCUGUGAGCUAGUCAUCUACUUACUGAUUAGGAAGAGCUGGGUAAUGUAAAAGAUCGGAACAUUUGUAAAGAACUUAUUCUUGGGUUGUCCAAUAUUUGGGAACUUGCA